CCUUCACUUCCUCCCCAAGGACUGCGGUGGCUGUUGUUGCUGACGAGAGUGUAUCGUAUGCAACAGCCCUUGCUUGCUCACCAUUAGAAUGGUUGUGACUGAGUCAAGACAGAUGUCAUUUCAAUCGGGAGGGUGUGGCAUUCUCUGCCCACAAAUCUAAUCUAAUACAAGAUCUCGUUAUUUUGUUUGGAACAAACAAUGCUUCGUCUUGGCUUUUGGUUACUCCUUGUAUCGGUGCCUCUCUCGAGCGCCUUUACGCCUCCUGCCAUCUUGGCGACAACUGUGGCUUCUUCUACUGCUUCAGGCGCGGAGACUGGUACGGUCCAGCAACUGGACGUUCCCGUCAACCAGGUUGUGACCAGAGUGGCUGUGGCAGGAGCCACGGGUCGAGUAGGACGCUUGGUAGUGGAAGAGCUGCUCAGUCGAGGCGUGCAAGAAGUGGUGGCGCUGGUUCGAGAUGUCGAAGCGGCUGAAGAAAUCUUGGGUGGCACAGAUGCUCCUGCCAAUCUUCAAAUCACACAGUGCAAUCUCUCCAGCAAGGGACAAAUUAGCAGUGUCCUGAACGACGUGGACGCCAUGAUUUGGUGCGCCACUGGCUUUAGCCAAAAGCCCAAUGCCGGUCCAUUGGAAAAAGCCAAGGGAUUGUUGGAUUUGGCCAUGAAAAAGACCAUUGAUGUCACGGCACUUCCCGUCAUUGGAAACGUUAUCAAGGAAAACAAUCUCGGGGGUAAGAAUCCACAACAGCUGCCCAAAGUGGUCAUGUGCAGUUCGGCCGGUGUCACCCGCACGAUUUGGGACGAUGAGAAAAAGGCACUCAUGCCCGGAGCAGCCGAUAUUCCCAUUGUACGACUCAAUCCCUUUGGAGCCUUGGAUAUCAAACGAUCCUCGGAAGACAAACUACGAGAGACGGGAGUCGACUACACGGUGGUCCGACCAUGUGGUCUCAAUGACGAGCAUCCUGUGGGAUCUCGACCACUGUUGAGUCAAGGAGAUGUCGCCGUGGGUCGUAUUAACCGCAAGGAUGUGGCCAGGGUACUCGUGGAUUGCUUGACGCUACCAGAGGCAACCGGGAAAACAUUUGAAGUCAUUGGUGUGGCCGGAUAUCCAUUUGGAUCCAUUCGGGGUGCCCUGAGCAAUCUACGAAGCGACGAAGAAGGAUUGCCCCCCUUGGAUGCCAUUGUUUCCACCUACACGACACUGCAGCAAUUGUUGCCCGGUGAAAAGCAAGAUUCCGCGGCUCUGGCCAUGGGGCAGACGUACGAACAGCUCGACAAGGAUGAAGUUGGACGCCUGGGAGAACGAGGAAAGGAGAUUCUCGAUGAUGGUGCCCCCCGACCUUCCAGUUAAGGAAGGAGCAGAAACUGGAGGUCAUCGAUCUUGACUCAACAACAAUCCACUGUACAUAUUCUUGUUCCUACCAGACAUGGAACACAAUCAUCAUCACGUGUAUAUAAAUCACACUUGGACACAGACACUGCUGCACAUAUUUUGAUCAAAGAUAAGCAAGCCCCCUUACCCGCAAGAAUCAUUGUAAAUCAACAUGCCAGUUUGGAUAGAGCUACUUGCGGGGUGUGGGUGUGGAAUGCCUUUACUAAACAUAGAUUUAUUUGAUCAAACCAAACUUUGUAAUGCAGAGACAGAACAUAGUAGAAGUCUUCCCCCCUUG